AUGGUUAAACUUCCUUUUGCCUCUUUCACAGACCGCGAGAAUCAGUCGAUCCUGAUCACCGGAGAAUCCGGUGCAGGGAAGACUGUGAACACGAAACGUGUCAUCCAGUACUUUGCAACAAUUGCAGCCAGCGGGGAGAAGAAGAAGGAGGAGCAGCCUGGCAAAAUGCAGGGAACGCUUGAGGAUCAAAUCAUCAGUGCCAACCCACUGCUGGAGGCCUUUGGAAAUGCCAAGACUGUGAGGAAUGACAACUCCUCACGCUUUGGUAAAUUCAUCAGAAUCCACUUUGGGGCCACAGGAAAACUGGCUUCUGCUGACAUUGAAACUUAUCUGCUGGAGAAGUCCAGGGUCACUUUCCAGCUCAAGGCUGAAAGAAGCUACCACAUCUUUUAUCAGAUCAUGUCCAACAAGAAGCCAGAGCUAAUAGACAUGCUCCUCAUUACUACCAACCCCUAUGACUACCACUUUGUGAGUCAAGGCGAGAUCACUGUUCCCAGCAUUAAUGACCAGGAGGAGCUUAUGGCUACAGAUAGUGCCAUUGACAUCCUGGGCUUCACUGCUGAUGAAAAGACUGCCAUCUACAAGCUGACAGGGGCUGUCAUGCACUAUGGGAACUUGAAGUUCAAGCAGAAACAGCGAGAGGAGCAGGCAGAGCCAGAUGGCACAGAAGUUGCAGACAAGGCUGCCUACCUGAUGGGUCUGAACUCAGCAGACCUUCUCAAGGCGCUGUGCUACCCCCGUGUCAAGGUUGGGAAUGAGUAUGUGACCAAGGGUCAGACUGUGCAGCAGGUGCACAACUCAGUUGGUGCUCUGGCAAAAGCUGUCUAUGAGAAGAUGUUCUUGUGGAUGGUUCUUCGCAUCAACCAACAGCUGGACACCAAGCAGCCCAGGCAGUACUUCAUUGGUGUCCUGGACAUCGCUGGCUUUGAGAUCUUUGAUUUCAACAGCCUGGAGCAGCUGUGCAUCAACUUCACCAAUGAGAAACUGCAACAGUUCUUCAACCACCACAUGUUCGUGCUAGAACAAGAGGAGUACAAGAAGGAAGGCAUUGAAUGGGAGUUCAUUGACUUUGGGAUGGACCUUGCUGCCUGCAUUGAGCUCAUUGAAAAACCCAUGGGCAUCUUCUCCAUCCUGGAAGAGGAGUGCAUGUUCCCAAAGGCAACUGACACCUCUUUCAAGAACAAGCUCUAUGACCAGCAUCUGGGCAAGUCCAACAACUUCCAGAAGCCCAAGCCUGCCAAAGGCAAGGCUGAGGCCCACUUCUCCCUGGUGCACUAUGCUGGCACAGUGGACUACAACAUCUCUGGCUGGCUUGAGAAGAACAAGGACCCCCUGAACGAAACUGUCAUUGGGCUGUACCAGAAGUCAUCUGUGAAGACACUGGCCUUACUGUUUGCCUCUGCUGGCGGAGAGGCAGAGGCUGGUGGUGGUGGUGGAAAGAAGGGUGGUAAGAAGAAGGGUUCUUCUUUCCAGACUGUCUCAGCUCUUUUUCGGGAGAACUUAAAUAAGCUGAUGACCAACCUACGGAGUACUCACCCUCAUUUUGUCCGCUGCAUCAUCCCAAAUGAAACAAAAACACCUGGUGCCAUGGAGCAUGAACUGGUGCUGCACCAGCUGCGCUGUAACGGUGUGCUGGAGGGGAUCAGGAUUUGCAGGAAAGGCUUCCCCAGCAGAGUCCUCUAUGCAGACUUUAAACAGAGGUACAAGGUGCUUAAUGCCAGUGCCAUCCCCGAGGGACAGUUCAUUGAUAGCAAGAAAGCUUCUGAGAAGCUUCUUGGGUCAAUCGAUGUGGACCACACACAGUACAAAUUUGGUCACACCAAGGUGUUCUUCAAAGCUGGGCUGCUGGGACUCCUGGAGGAGAUGAGG